AGGCUAACAUGGCGUCCGCGGCUGGUGUUUGGAGCGGGGCCUGCACCGAGGAGGAAAACAAAAACACCGCCGGACAGCGGGCCGCGUCCGACUAGCCACCGCGGGAGAACCGAGCCUCGAACACGGGCAGCAUGUUGGCUUUGACGAGGCGCUUCUGAUCGCAGCGCAGCGGAGAGUCUCGGUUUGGACUGGAUCACCCUUCGCCUCUGUGGUCGUCUGCCGCAGGGCAGAAGCCCUUUGGGCUUUUUUUCCUUUUUUGUUUUAUUAUUUCUGAGUUUUAGUUUGACUCGGACUGCAGCAGAACUAUGGAGGAGAACAGAAGCCCCCUGAAGUCAGGCAGGCCGACUCGCUCUGCAGGGGGCAAAAAUACUAAAGGACAGAAGGACGGCGCGUCUCAAAGGGACAGCGGCAAGGCGGGCGGACGCAACAAGGAAGGAGUGUCGCGAGUGAAGGACGAGGGUCAGGGCAGCCACGGCGGUGGCCGGACUUUAACGGGCAGCCCUCAGGACCAGGGCAGGGCCUCCAAAUCCCGCCGGCUGACCGGCAGGACCAACUCCGGAGAGAGGGGGAAAGGAAAACCUGCGGCCCAGCAGGCCGAGGGACGUCAGCAGGCCCAGGACAGCAAAGCGGCGGGCAGGAGCGGAGCGGCCAAGGGGCAGCCGGCUCACCAGGUGCUGCUAAGCGCUCCGGAGGGGAGUAGCUCUCACAACAAGCCGUCCAAACUGGCCACAGCAAAGGACAGGCAAGCAGGUGAAGCGUUGGGGAGACGUCCGGUGGAGUGUAUUCCAGACGUGAUGGGCUCGGUGGACGAGGGGAACCUCACCUCUGACCAGCAGCUGGGCCUCAAACAGGCCGAGGAGAGACUGCAGAGAGACUACAUACACAGACUGGCCAAGCAAUCUCCCGACUACCCAAAUUUCCAGUAUCUAUGCAAACUGUGCUCGGUUCACGUGGACAACAUCCAGGGUGCUCACAAACACAUCAAGGAGAAGCGCCACAAGAAGAACAUAAUGGAGAAGCAGGAGGAGAAUGAGCUGAGAGCUUUACCUGCUCCCUCGGCGGCUCAGCUGAGGGCUGUCGACGCUGCGGUGAUGGAGGCAGCACAGCAGCAUGGGAUUUCAGAGGAGGACUUCCAGCAGAGACAGAGCGUCCUGCAGCGCAUGGAGAAGAUCAUCCAGAAACACCUGCCCACCUGCUCUCUGCGUCUGUACGGUUCCUGUCUCACCCGAUUUGCCUUCAAGACCAGCGACAUCAACAUUGACGUCGCUUACCCCUCUAAUAUGACGCAGCCUGACGUGCUCAUCCAAGUGCUGGACAUUCUGAAGAAGAGCGCGGAGUUCUCUGAGGUGGAGUCAGACUUCCAUGCUAAAGUUCCUGUCGUCUUCUGCCGUGACGCAGCCAGUGGGUUGCCGUGUAAAGUGAGUGCAGGAAAUGAUGUCGCUUGCCUCACCACCAAUCACCUGGCAGCUCUGGCUCGGUUGGAGCCCCGUCUAGUUCCCCUGGUUCUGGCCUUCCGCUACUGGGCCAAGCUGUGUCAUGUGGAUUGCCAGGCCGAGGGUGGUAUCCCCUCCUACUCGUUCUCUCUGAUGGUCAUCUUCUUCCUGCAGCAGAGGAAGCAGCCCAUUCUGCCUGUGUACCUGGGACACUGGAUUGAGGGGUUUGACGUGAAGCGUGUGGACGAGUAUCACCUGACCGGAGUGCAGGCCGAGGGGUACGUGGGCUGGGAGCACAGACCGGGCAGUGCCAACGACAGCCGUGACAACAAGAACAAACCGGAAGCCCAGAAGCCUGCGGAGAAGAAGAGCGAGAACGUGCAGGGCAAGACUCGUCUGGUGUUGGAGAAGUCUGAGGGUGUGUCUCUGGGGCAGCUGUGGUUGGAGCUGCUGCGCUUCUACACGCUGGAAUUUGCUCUGGAGGAUUUCAUCAUCAGCAUCCGGCUGAAGCAGCUGCUGCCCAGAGACGCCAAGAACUGGCCGCGCCGACGCCUCGCCAUCGAGGACCCCUUUGCUCUGAAGAGGAACGUGGCGCGCAGCCUGAACAGUCAGAUGGUGUUCGAGUACAUUCAAGAGUGCUUCCGCAUGGCCUACAGGUACUUCGCCUGCCCUCAGAGCCGCAACGGCCUCCGGGCGAAGAGAGCCAAGCACCGGGCCAAAGCCUCCAGACCCGGCCGCGCCAACCGCGUCCGCAGCCGGCCGGCCAAAGCCCACCGAGGCCAGAAAAAGAGAGGAGAGGAGCGGGACGGAGGGAGCAGCGCGGAGGAGGACGAGGAGAACGAGGAGGAGGAUAACGAGGAUGAAGAAGAGGAAGAGGAGGAGGAUGAAGCCGGUGAUGAAGAGCAGUGUGUGAGCAGCGGGGUAGCCAGGCUGCUCGUUACAGAUGGGGCGCAGGACGGAGACGCGUCUCAGCAGCCCUCCUCUCCUUCACCCUCACCUCAGAACGGCCUGCUCCUGGACAGCGAGGAUGAGGAGCAGGAGGAAGAGGGGCAGAAGGCUCCAGAAAACGAACGCAUCGCCCCAGAGGACCUGCACUACGUGUUUGAUAGGAUGAUUUUCACUGGAGGAAAGCCCCCCACGGUGGUGUGCAGCAUCUGUAAGCGGGACGGCCACCUGAAGGACGACUGCCCUGAGGACUUUAAGAAGAUGGAGCUGGCUCCUCUGCCACCCAUGACGGAGCGCUUCAGAGAAAUACUGGACAACCUGUGCAGACUCUGCUACUAUGAGCUGUCGCCGACUAUUGGAGAGCAGCAGAAGAGGGAGCAGAUCCUGGCCAGCCUGGAGCGCUUCAUCAGGAAGGAGUAUAACGAUAAGGCCCAGUUGUGUCUGUUUGGCUCCUCCAAGAACGGCUUUGGUUUCCGUGACAGCGACCUGGACAUCUGUAUGACGUUGGAGGGUCACGACACGGCAGAGAAACUGAACUGCAAGGAGAUCAUUGAGGGUUUAGCCAAAGUCCUAAAGAAACACACAGGUCUGAGGAACAUCUUGCCUAUAACGACCGCUAAAGUGCCUAUCGUGAAGUUUGAACACAAGCAGAGCGGCCUGGAGGGGGACAUCAGCCUCUACAACACGCUGGCGCAGCACAACACGCGCAUGCUGGCCACCUACGCAGCGCUGGACCCGCGGGUGCAGUAUCUGGGUUACACCAUGAAAGUCUUCGCAAAGCGCUGUGACAUUGGAGAUGCGUCGAGGGGAAGUCUGUCAUCCUACGCCUACAUCCUCAUGGUGCUGUAUUUCCUGCAGCAGAGAGAGCCCCCCGUUAUCCCCGUCCUACAGGAGAUCUAUGAUGGGAACUCCAUGCCCCAGAGGAUGGUGGACGGCUGGAACGCGUUCUUCUUUGAUGAUCUGGACGAGCUGCGGCGACGUUUGCCGGAGUUCCAGCAGAACCGGGAGACGGUGGGGGAGCUGUGGCUCGGCCUGCUGCGCUUCUACACCGAGGAGUUCGACUUCAAGGAGCACGUCAUCUCCAUCCGUCAGCGCAAGCGCCUCACCACCUUCGAGAAGCAGUGGACCUCCAAGUGCAUCGCCAUCGAAGAUCCCUUUGACUUGAACCACAACCUGGGUGCUGGAGUCUCUCGCAAAAUGACUAAUUUCAUCAUGAAGGCGUUCAUUAAUGGGAGGAAGCUGUUUGGCACGCCGUUCUACCCUCAGCCAGGGAUGGAAGCAGAGUACUUCUUUGACUCCAAGGUUCUGACGGACGGUGAGUUGGCUCCGAAUGACCGCUGCUGUCGGAUCUGUGGAAAGAUCGGUCACUACAUGAAGGACUGCCCAAAGAGGCGCAGGAUGAAGAAGAAAGAGAACGAUAAGGAUGAAGAUGUUCGGGAGGAGGACAGAGAGCCCAGAGAGAGGCGCUGUUUCCAGUGUGGAGAUAUGGGUCACGUCCGCAGAGACUGUCCCGACUACAGACACCUCCGCCAGAGAGGAGCGCCUGCACCAGUUCCUCAGAUGGUUCGCACCAUGGUGAGCUCUCAGGCCAUCCCUAUUCCUCAGAGUGGGGUGUCCCAGGACCGGCCCGGCAGGACCAGGCAGCCCUCCGAAUGUUCUGAUACUCGUCAGACCCCUCCGUACUCCCCCCAGCCGUCUUCGUUCACUCAGUCCUCUGUGUCUCCUCAGUCGUCUCAGAGCGCCAAGCCUUCUUCCUCCGGCUCCUCUUCCUCCGCUACUCCGUCCAAACCCCCGCAGCCCCUCCCUCCUCCUCAGCAGCAGGUGCAGCUCUCAGUCUUUGGUUUCCCCACCUCACACCCAGGCCAGUACCACCCUGCCCUGGGUUUGCUGCAGCCCCAUGCUCAGCCCGGCCCCACCCCGCUGGCCCCCGGUUCCUGGCCCCUGCAUGGUGCCUCCCCAGGGGUCCCCAUGCGCAAGGGCAAAGGGAACGGAGGGGCAGGGCAGCAGGCCGUUGGCACCGCCACUGUUAACUUAAAUGACCCCAGCAUCAUCUUCGCCCAGCCAGCGGGGCGGGGGGGCAGCGUCGGGGGGCCAGCCCGGGACGGGGGGCACCACUGGCACAAUCAUCACCUCAACCCGGGGGCUCUGGUGGCUAACGGCACGGUGGGGAAAGCAGCAGGUUUCCAGGCUGCGUUUGGCGGAGUAGCUCAGCCGUCUCGCUCGUGGGAGCACAGCAGCGGUGCUGGUUCGUACUCUCUCUCGCCCUCCUGGCCGUACCGCAUGCCCCAGACCUACCUUCAGCAGCCCGGCAAGCCCUUCAUCUCACAGGGUGCAGUGGCAAACCAACACUUUCCCCUGCUUCCGCCUGGCCGGCACGUCAAUCUUAGUUACGUUCAGCAGAAAAAAUGAGUUCUGACACUUUCUUUUUGAUCCAACGCCCAAGGUCCUUAUUGAAAGAAGAAGAAGAAAGAAAGAAAGAAAGAAAAAAGAAAAAGGAAUCAGUCUAACUUUGCAUCAUUUGGUCUCAAGACUUUUUAAAAUGAAUUUUAUCAUUUUUUGUACAGUUUUUACGUUAUAUUUUUUGUCUCAUCACAUUGAUUUGUGAUAAGAAAUGUCAAAUAUUUUAAUACCCCCAUUUUUGGAGGGGU